GCGAUGCAGGACGUCGGCUCCUUCAACGCGUCCCUGAACGACAGCUACGCCUGGAACGCCAGUCUGACCAACGACACCGUCUUCGUGGUCAGCGGCAUGUACCCUUCGGGCUAUAGCCUACCGCACAUAGUGCUCGCCUCGAUAGUCGUUACGUUGCUUAUGAUAGUGAUAGUGGUCGGCAACAUGCUGGUGAUAAUCGCAAUCGCGACCGAGAAGGCGUUGAAGAACAUUCAGAACUGGUUCAUUGCCAGUCUGGCCGUCGCCGACUUCUUCCUCGGCCUCAUCAUCAUGCCGUUCUCUCUUGCUAACGAGAUAAUGGGAUAUUGGAUAUUUGGUUACUGGUGGUGUGACAUUUACUCCGCUAUGGACGUGCUAUUGUGCACCGCUAGCAUCAUGAACUUGUGCCUCAUCAGCCUCGAUCGGUUUUGGAGUAUCACGCAGGCCGUGGACUACCUCAAAAAACGCACCCCUGCCAGGGCGGCACUCAUGAUCGCCCUGGUCUGGCUCCUCUCCGCACUGGUCUGCAUACCGCCCCUGUUAGGCUGGAAGAGGCCAACUCCCGAGGAGGAGUUCCCAAAAUGUAGGUUAUCCGAGGACAUCGGGUACGUCCUCUACUCGGCGUUGGGCAGCUUCUACAUCCCAUCGUGCAUCAUGGUCUUCGUAUACAUCAGGAUAUACUUCGCGGCGAAAGCUCGAGCGCGGCGUGGAAUCCGGAAGCAGCCAAGACCGCGGCCAGUUGUUCCGGAGUCACCGGACAUAAGACAGACAAGUUUCACCCAGAGCACGCCAGCGAUGGGGGCGAGGAGAACGGCUGGUUCGACGAUGGAAAACGUCGCAACGAUAGAGAACCAACCGAUCCAAAUACCCAUAGUGACCUGCGACUUUGCCAGCGACAUCAGCACCUCCGAAGCCGAGCCCGGAGGAGGCAGCAAUCCUCAGCUUGAGGAGAAGGACACGUUGAAGGUGAGCGUGCCGCUGCAAGUGCAAAAGACAACACUGAAGGCGUCGCUAUCGGUGAACGGCGAGGGUACGACGACCCAAACCAUACCGGUGCGAUGCAGGGCACCAAGCGUGGGCAUAGACGUCGACAUGGUCUCGGAGUUCGACCCAUCCUCGUCGGACAGCGGGGUGGUGUCGAGGUGCGCGGUGGUCAAGCCCCUGAAGCUGCGUCUGUGCCAGCCGAUAUUCGGCCGAAAGACAACGAACAAGUUAAAACGGGAACAAGUCGACGUGGGCAAGGUGAAAGAGUGCCCGACGAUAGAAGUGAAGCCGCCAAAGCCACGCGAUCCGGAACGGGAGAAGCGUCGGCUGGCAAGGAAGAAGGAGAAACGAGCGACCCUGAUCCUUGGCCUGAUAAUGGGCAGCUUCAUCGCUUGUUGGCUGCCAUUUUUCUUCCUCUACAUCGUUAAGCCCCUCUUCCCCAGCCUCGACAUACCGGAAAGAGCCUUCGCCAUCGCCUUCUGGCUCGGCUACAUGAACUCGGCACUGAACCCCGUCAUUUAUACCGUAUUCAACAAGGACUUCCGACGGGCCUUCCGACGCAUAUUGUUCAAAUAGUUGCCGAGGAAGCUUCGGGGCGAUCGAUCCAACCGGGAUCCACGUGGCAGAGUCACUGUGACCAGGUAACACGAGGACACCUGCUCCGGUCACUCGAUCAUCUAUGACCGAGCCGUAUUCGUAGUGUCCAACACUUGGAUUAUGGGUCAAACUCAGCCCCGGAGCUUGCGACACCGGUUAUCGCCGAUCUUGAGGUAGUUCAGCCCGCACGGUAGAAAUCAAAGCUGUACUUUUUCACAAUCACCUGUCGCGAAGCUGUUAGAGGGUGAAUAUACCAGUUGUGACAAUCGUUCGAUCCGGUGGUUGAUAUUCAUCGCAUCUGAGGAAAUCUGAGGUUAGGGCCACACGUGAUACAGAUAGGUGCUUAGAUCUUUGUAAAGUGGACACGGAGGGAAAGAAAUUCUUGAACCAACAAAAUAAAUUUUGUUUCGAGUCCAUUCACUUCAAUCUAGUAGCCCUUAUUUGUUCCAAAUAUGAUGACUUCGAUUCGACGAUUUCGAUUUAGUUAGUUUGCCAAAAUGAUUUAGUCAAGCGACUUCCUUGAUUCAACAAAAGCCUUUCUUGUCGCGACCGAGUGAAAUGUUGGCUCGAGCGAACCUUUUGAUGUGCUGCCGAAAUCGAGUCAACUGAGUAUUAUUUUAUUUGAAGUUCGUGUAUCGUUCCUCCAAGUCGUGUGUUCGUUGACAGCAACAAUUGAGCAUGCCCAUCAUAAAAGGGCCUCUCCACGCGAAAUUUGGUAAAAGUAUUGUCCACAGGCAGAAAGGUUGAUGAAAAAAAGGUGCCAAACAAAAAAAUUAAAAAUAUCAUUAA